AUGAUUCCACCUCAUCUCAUCUUCCAUCUCACACUCACACUCACACUCACCCUCCUCCUCCCCCUCACCCACGCAGCCGCCCUCCCCCCGCAAAACGAUACAUGUCCACCACAGCCCUCAACCUCCUCCUCCUCCCCUCCCAUCAUCGACCUAGGAUACGCCCAAUACCGCGGCAUCAGACUCCACGACGCAGCCGUAGACACAUUCCUCGGCAUGCGAUACGCCCAACCGCCCCUCUCCAACCUCCGCUUCCGCGCCCCCCAAGAUCCAUCCCCCGAGUCCUCCAUCCAAGAUGCAUCCAAGUUUGGCCCCAUAUGCAUAGGCACAGGCCAGUCCCCCUCCCCAUCCACCUCCGAAGACUGCCUCUUCGUCAACGUCUUCAAGCCCUCCCGCGCAGAUCCCACCUCCAACCUCCCCGUAUGGGUCUACAUCCAGGGCGGCGGCUACUCCUCCAACGGCAACGCAAACUACAACGGCACCCCAGUCGUCCAACAGUCCGGCCACGGCCUCGUCUUUGUCAACUUCAACUACCGCGUCGGCGCCCUCGGCUUUCUCGCCAGCGAACACGUCAGGAGAGAUGGACACCUCAACGCCGGAUUGCUGGAUCAGAGGAAGCUCCUCCACUGGGUGAAGAAGCACAUCAAACAAUUCGGCGGAAACCCAAACCACGUCGUCAUCCACGGCGUCUCCGCCGGCGCCGGCUCCGUAACGCACCACCUCACCGCGUACGCCGCCAAAAAGGACACCCAGCUCUUCGCAGCCGCCAUCUCCGAGAGCCCCUUCUGGCCGACCCUCCGCACCGUCUCCGACAUGGAGUUCCAGUACCGCCGGGUCCUCGCCAACGCAAACUGCUCCUCCCUCGACUGUCUCCGGCGCCUCGACACGCAGGCCUUCCUCGACGCCGCACCGGUUGAAUUGUUUCCAGGGGUGAACCGCGAUGCUCCUCUCCCGCUGUGGUACUGGCUCCCUGUCAUCGACGGCGACCUCGUAACAGAUCACCUGUACAGCCAGUUCCAGCACGGCAACUUCAUCCCCGUCCCCCUCAUUGUAAGCCACGACACAGACGAAGGCACCUACUUCGGCGCCAACGCAUCGACUCUCACCGAGGCCAAAUCCUUCUUCCUCAGCAACUGGCCUAAUCUCCAACCCUCCCAGCUCAGCGCCAUCUCCCAGGCCUAUUCCCCCGAGGAUCUCGCCUCCCUGCCCGACCACGCCCCCUAUUUCCCCUCCACUGAAGCCGCAUACGGCGACGCAACCUUCAUCUGCCCGGGCAACACCGUCGCCGCCUCCGCGGCGCACCACUUCGACCCCCGCCGCGUCUGGAACUACCGCUACAACGUCUUGGACCCGGAUAACGUCGCCUCGGGCCUCGGCGUUCCACACACUUUCGAGACGAGCGCCAUCUUCGGGCUCGGAAGCGCAGGUCAACCGGCGGCUUCGUACUAUACCAUCAACGCGGCCAUCAUCCCCGUCACCAUGCACUACUUUCUGAGCUUCGUGAUGAAGCUGGAUCCGAAUGCUGCAAAGUAUGCUUCCGCACCGCACUGGGAUCCCUGGGGACAAGGGACAGGGCAACGACUCAGACUGGAGACGAACAAUACUGCCAUGGAGCCUGUUCCUCCUGAUCAGAGAGCGAGAUGCCAUCUUUGGAGCCGUCUACAAGGCUACACUCAGUUAUAG